AACCAAACACAACGUCAUAACCCUGCGACAUUUUCAAAAUGGCGUAAUCUGAACGAAAACAAUGUGGUGAUGAAAACUAUAGUGGGAAACGAGAGGAUUUUGUUUCAUUCACCGCACCGACAACUUUAAAUCCAGCAACACUAUGCCGGUGUGCAACUUUUGGAUGCAAGGCCGGUGUCGAUAUGGCGACAAGUGUUGGAAUGAGCACCCAAAAGCAGGCGGUGGCGGCUACGGUGGAGAGUACAACAGCCGCCCCCCUCAACAGUCCAACAGAGGCGGGGGAGGAGGGUUUGGGAACAGAGUGUGGGUGAACCCAGCUCAGAGGUCUGGAGGAGGAAGCUACGUCCAGCCGUCAUCCUUCUCCUCCCAGCAGGGUGGCAACAACUGGGGUCCAGGAGGAGGAGGAGGAAGGGACAGCCAAGCCCAGAGCUCGAACUUCAGUUUUGCAGCCUCCUCUCCAAACCAAAACAGAUUUUCUGUCUUAAACACUCAAAGCAGCUGCGACAAAGCUGGGAGAGGAGAAGGGGAAGACAAUGAAAAACACUUGGAGACCAUCCAGAAAGAUAUGGAGAUCUGGGAGACUUCAGGCCAGUGGCUUUUCUCCUGUUACUCUGUCCUCAAAGCAAGCAUCUCAGGGUUCACAGAGCUCUCUCCAGAGGAGCUGAGACUGGAGUACUACAACACCAAGCCAUCAGGAGACCUGCAGGGAUAUGCUAACGUCAUCAAUCAGCUGGUCAACCAAUGGAGAAGCAGAGUCCAGGAGCUGAGGGCUAUGAGCGGCAACACCAGAGUCGCUAUGCUUGCAGAGCUGGACAACCCAGCACCACAGGCAGCGUCUGGAGGUUUUGGGUCGACACCAGUGACCGGCUUUGGGUCCUCAGCACCAUCUGGCUUCGGAACAGGUUUCGGAGUGCCGGCCCAGGCCCCAGUCCAGGACACCUCAGGUGCCAGUAAUUUCAGCUUCGCUGGACCAGGUGCAGCUUCUACUGCUCUCGGUAGUGCUGUGUCAGCCGUCGCACCAGCUCCCACUGGGAUUGGCUCGAUGGCCACCACUGUUCCCUCGGCAGCAGGUUUCUCCUUUGCCACCCCUGCUGCCAACAAGGAGCCAACUACAGCCGGUUUCGGAGCUCCUGCCUCUGCGUCCGGGUUUAGCUUCGCCUCGACGGUCGCUGGUGGUGGAGGAGCAUUUGGAGGGAGUGGUUUCGGGAGUGCAGCGCCAGUGGCUGCAAGUGGUUUUGGACAGGCGAGUGGAGGGUUUGGGGUUAUGGCCCCAGCUGACAGUCUCUUCACCCCCCAGAGCCAGCUGAGUGAAGAGGAACUGAAGGAGUUUGGAGGGAAGAGGUUCACCCUGGGACAGAUACCACUCAAACCCCCCCCUGUUAAUAUGCUGGUGGUCUGAUCCUACCACUCAACCCCCCCCCUGUUAAUAUGCUGGUGGUCUGAUCCUACCACUCAACCCCCCCCUGUUAAUAAGCAGGUGGUCUGAUCCCACCACUCAACCCCCCCCUGUUAAUAAGCAGGUGGUCUGAUCCCACCACUCACCCCCCCCCGCCCCCUCCCCCCUGUUAAUAAGCAGGUGGUCUGAUCCCACCACUCAACCCCCCCCUGUUAAUAAGCAGGUGGUCUGAUCCCACCACUCAACCCCCCCUGUUAAUAAGCAGGUGGUCUGAUCCCACCACUCAACCCCCCCCUCCCUGUUAAUAAGCAGGUGGUCUGAUCCCACCACUCAAACCCCCCCCUGUUAAUAAGCAGGUGGUCUGAUCCCACCACUCAAAACCCCCCCUGUUAAUAAGCAGGUGGUCUGAUCCCACCACUCAACCCCCCCCCCCUGUUAAUAAGCAGGUGGUCUGAUCCCACCACUCAACCCCCCCCCCCCCCCCUGUUAAUAAGCAGGUGGUCUGAUCCCACCACUCAAACCCCCCCCUGUUAAUAAGCAGGUGGUCUGAUCCCACCACUCAAACCCCCCCUGUUAAUAUGCUGGUGGUCUGAUCCCACCACUCAAACCCCCCCGUUAAUAAGCAGGUGGUCUGAUCCCACCAUGGAAUUUUUUUAAAUGGCUCGUCUCCUUUCCUUUUAACUGACCCGAUGGAAAAGAGCUGGACUGAAUCUCUCUGAAGCCUUUUUGAUGAGUAAAAACCACCGCUAAUUUACAGAAUCUCCCCCAUCCUUGAUGUAAUCACUAAUCUGACUAGUUUAUACUUGGGGGGGGGGGGGGAGCAGAAUGUAAGACAGAUGAUAGUCAGACUACUGGUGGUCUGACUGUACCAGGGACUAAAAUAGGCUACUGUUUUUGCUAUUUUAACAUUUAAAUCAGUGUGUUUUAAUUAUGGUUGGUGGUAUUUGUGCUUUGAACCAAAUGAUGGUCUGUUUUUGUUUGCGUUCACCUCGUGUGCCCCCCCCCCCCCCCAGGUGUAUAUUGUAUAAACAAUACUUUGUUCUGUCGUUCAUUAAAUUAAAACCGUCUUGUGAUUUUAUCAGAACAUAAAACAUGUGUACAGUAGCAGAUGAGAUGUUUUUUCUUAUUGGUCCUAUACAAUUCACAUUAUACCAGAUUGGACUCAUCCUGUAUAACUACUGCAAAUACACACUUUUUCUAUUCACACAUAUA